UCUUGGGUCAAGAGCAAAAUAUGCUCUUGAAGGAGCAGCACAGCUCCCCCGCCUGACGCACCACUUGCACGACCACAAGGACUACUAGAACUACGAGUUCAGUGACCUUCACGUCCUGUUUCAUUCGUAAGUUCCCGCAGAUCAGGACUCAUAUUUUCAAAAUCAUGAUGUUCAGAAUAAAGACUAGCAAAGAGCUACUCCUCAUUCCUAACCGAUAUGAGGAAAACAGAAACUCCCGUCGCUGGAAUUAGAUGCGACAUUGAGCAUUGCAUCGGAGCGCAAGAACUUCGACAUGUUUCGAGAUUGGACAACAUAGUCCAGUGAAUGCAGUCGGAAGUGGAAGCUGCCAUGCUCGUCUCUUCAUGAUUGAGAUGGCAUCAUCAGAACUUUCAAUCAUCUAAUUGAAUAAGCAGAUUUUGAAGCCGAGAGCCGCCUUCAGCAACGAUUGCAGAUAUGAAACGGAGCGCUUUGGAUCUGGAGUGCGGCUCCACUACUUGCUCGAGUGAGUUACGUAGACGAUCGAGCACCAUCCUCUCCGUCUUCAUGGCGAUAAUCUCGCUCAUCGCUCUCGGCCUAUUCUGGUGGGCGUUGGACCUGCGUUUGCGCACCAGGGCCGAGUACAAAGAGUAUGAGUUAAGCCUUCCUGGAGAGUCCGAGUUUAUCAGAUCUGGCAAUCUGAGAUACUUCUGAAAAUACGAGACAUUCUCAUCGAGGUGGGCUUCACAUCGACCAAAUACCCGAAAGCCACAACUCUGGAACACUCCAAAUCUGUUGGCUAGCUCAGAACUCGCCCCAUCCAUCCUCAUCAAAGUAGAUAGAGGUGAUUCUCAAGUUGAGCCACAUUAUGCAGUCUGCAUGGAAAGCAAACAAAUUUGCAUAUUAAGCGCGCAGACGUAGGUAACGAAGGAUCUGUGAAUAUUUUUGAGCUGCCCCGACCGACAGGUUUGCAAUUUUACACUCUCCGGACAAUGAGUUUCAAUUGGCUUGGAUCCUCUCCAAACUUUUGAUCGAAUAAAUUCUUGAUGGCAUGAGUUCUAAAACCCUGAGCAUGACGUAAGACUUCCUUCUGAUUCCAUUGUCUGAUCAUAGCUGCUGAAGAUUGGUCGAAUGGAGACCGUUAUAUAUAAGCAACGUCAGUACGCUUCGACCUUCUGCUACGUCUUCCAUGCGCACGACGUUGCUGUGACUCUUGACAGAUUCAAAGCCCUUUGGAGUAUAGAAUUUGUCAAAAGUCACCUUGGGGUUGAAUUGGCCCACAUAUGAUUCAGGGCGAGCUCCAGAUUAUGAGUUCGGAUUUUAUCCGAACUCAGCUUGUGUUGUCUUCCCAUCCUUUUGAUUUUGCACAUUCCUCGUUCGCGUAGUUUAUUAUUCCCUUUCUCUAUAUGCGUUGUGCAUCUUCAUGUCACUCCGAAUUUUGCUUCUGGUAUUUCUUUUUCUGAGCUUAAGUGUGCAUACAUUUGUAAAUGGUACGAAAGAGAAAUAUUACAGUAGGGGUGCUGUACGCAGAGUGGAAGUUAGAGAUUAAA